AUGCUUAUUGUUUUUAUAUUCUCAUUUCUUUUCUUUUCUAAUAUUCUCUAUUGUUAUGAGCCAAAUUUGAUUAAUUCACCAUUGAAAUGCUAUGGAGUAACAGUAGCAUGUCGUCUUGUCACAGAUUUAUCAUUUACAUUUAUUAGUAUUUUUAUUCCUGUAUUUCUUAUGUUGAUAUUUGGUUUGAUGACAAUCCAUAAUAUACGUAAAUCACGAAAUCAGAUCCAAGCAGUCGAUACAUUAACUCAAACUACCAAAGAAUCAAAUAAAAGAAGACAACGACAACGUUCAGAUAAAAUUGAUUAUCGUCUUCUUCGUAUGCUUCUUGUACAAAUUUUACUUCUUUUUAUAUUUGGUCUUCCAUUGGGUGUUCAAAAAUUGUAUACAACAAUAACAAUGAAUAGACCAACAAACAAUGUACAAGUGGCUAUCGACAAUUUUGUCUAC